AACAAAUUUUAUAUUUUCAAAAAUCCCUUUCUUUAACCCACACAGCUUCUCCUCACGCUCUCUGUGCGAAUUCAUGUUUGAAAUGGCUACGGAGCAGCAUCCGAUCUCUCUCCCACCAUAUCCUCAGAUGAUCAUGGCAGCGAUCGAAGCAUCUAAUAACAACGCAAACGGAUGCAACAAAACGGCGAUCGCGAAGCACAUCGAGACAACUCAGUCGAUUUUACCACCGUCUCACUCCACGCUGCUCAACUACCAUCUCAACCAGAUGAAACAAUCCGGCCAGAUCGUGAUGGUGAAAAACAACUACAUGAAACCAGAUCCACAUGCUCCGCCCAAGCGUGGACGUGGCCGUCCUCCGAAACCGAAACCGAAACCGAAACCGAAACCUCAGGGAGAUUCGAGCCACGUGGCGAUCCCUGCUCCCUCGGUCUCUCCGCCAAGGACUAGAGGUCGUCCUCCUAAGGUGAAUGAUUCUUCUUCAGAGGCGAAAUCAAAGGUAUCGCCGAGUGUUUCUGGGAGGCCACGAGGACGACCUCCGAAGAAGGCGAAGACUGAAUCGGAGAAGGUUAAAGAGGCCACGUCUCAGCCUAGCAAUGGUGAGCGUCGGGGUCGUGGAAGGCCACCGAAAGUGAAACCAGUAGUGAUGGUGCCUGUUGCGUAAGCCUUAAGCAAUCCGAAUAAGCUUUGAUUAGAAACUUUAGCAAUUUUUAACCUUUUAAAUAAAAAUUAGUUUUUCUCUUAAUUUUCGGUUUUGGCAUUUCUUAAUGGUUAAUUGUAUGUGUGUUUGUCUAUAUAUAUAAAGUUGGAUUUUUCCCUUUU